AUGCGUAAAUUCAUGUCUGUUUCGACUUUCAAACUUCACAAAACUGCUCUAGUUACUCUUGUUUUGCAAUGUUUUAUACCCUUUAGUUGUGUUGGUAUUCCACUUAUUAUUAUAUUUACAGUAAUUUUGAAUAAUUAUGUUGAAUAUCAAGGUAUUUAUGUUAUCUAUGAAAAAAUAUUUUAAUUCUGAUCCUCAAAAUUUUUCAGAAUUAGCAACUGAUACAAUGAUUUUAAUAUCAACUCAUUCAAUGGUUUCAACAAUUGUUAUGAUUGCAAGUAAUAGCCAUUUUAUGGAAAAAGUUCGAGAAAUUCUUAGAUUUUUCAAAACAUCUACACCAAAAAUAAAUUCAAUUGUUGAAAGAACUAUUCAAAUAUAA